UCCCUUAAACCCCAGAAAAAACAGAAAAUCAUUUCCCUUCCCCCAUCCCCACUGUUCCCACACACACAAACACGCACUGCAGCUAGGGUUCCGAUCGCAUUCAUCGACGGAGUGAAGGUGAAAGGGUAGGAGAGAGAAUGGCGUUUAUGCAGCAGUUCAAGGAGACGAAGAGCGUGGCGAAGAGGUCGAAGAAGUACUUGGAGGAGGCGCUGUACAAGCGGCUGUUCAAGGAAGGUAGCUCGGAGGUGAGCGUCAGGCAGCAGCUGAACCAGUUUCUGAAAGGCAGGAAGAGGGUCUACAAAUGGGAGGUCGGCCACUCCCUCAAGAUCCUUCGCAGCCGCAACCGCUUCUACCCCGCCCUCAAGCUUUCAGAAACUAUGGCAGAAAGGGGUAUGAACAAGACCGUCAGUGAUCACGCCAUACAUCUAGAUCUCAUUGCCAAAGCUCGAGGUGUUGCUGCUGCUGAAGCUUACUUCAUUAAUCUCCCGGAAACAUCCAAAAACCACCUUACUUAUGGCGCUCUUCUAAACUGUUACUGCAAGGAAUUAAUGACUGAAAAAGCAGAAGCUUUACUGGAAAAGAUGAAUGAGCUGAAGUUAGGUUUAACCUCCAUGCCCUACAACAGCCUCAUGACUCUCUAUACAAAAACUGGCCAGCCAGAAAGGAUCCCUUCCAUAAUCCAAGAAAUGAAAGCCUGCGAUAUCAUGCCAGAUUCUUACACAUAUAAUGUCUGGAUGAGGGCUCUUGCUUCCGGUGGUGAUAUUUCUGGGGUUGAGAGGGUCAUCGACGAGAUGAAGAGGGAUGGACGAGUUACGGGAGAUUGGACCACUUAUAGCAAUAUAGCAUCAAUUUACGCUGAUGCAGGCUUGUUUGGGAAGGCAGAAAAUGCACUCAAGGAAUUGGAGAAGAAAAAUGCCUGCCGAGACCUUUCUGCCUUCCAAUUUCUGAUCACAUUAUACGGUCGAACUGGUAAUCUACUUGAAGUAUACAGGGUAUGGCGUUCUUUAAGGUUGGCUUUUCGGAAAACUGCAAAUAUAAGCUAUCUGAACAUGAUUCAGGUGUUGGUUAACUUGAAGGAUUUACCAGGUGCUGAGAAAUGUUUUAGGGAAUGGGAAUCUGGCUGCUCCACGUAUGACAUUCGUGUUGCAAAUGUCCUUAUUAGAGCUUAUGCUAAAGAUGGUUUACUUGAGAAGGCUGAAGAGCUCAAGGAGCGGGCCCGGAGGAGGGGGGCCAAGCCUAAUGCUAAAACUUGGGAGAUCUUUUUGGACUACUAUUUGAAAAGUGGGGAGAUUAAAUCAGCGGUUGACUGUGUCGAUAAUGCGAUUUCUUCUGGUAGAGGGGAUGGUGGGAAGUGGGUCCCAUCACCUGAUGUUGUAAGGAAUUUGAUGCGACAUUUUGAGGAAAACAAAGAUGUGGAGGGUGCGGAAGGUUUUGUGGAGAUUCUGAAAAAGGCUGUGGAUGAAGUGGGGUUGGAGAUAUUUGAAUCGUUAAUAAGAACUUAUGCAGCAGCUAGAAAGACAAGCCCCAUAAUGCGAAGACGGCUGAAGAUGGAGAAUGUGGAGUUGAGUGAGGGCUCUAUGAAGUUACUUGAUGUGGUGUGUGCGGAGUGAUUCUUCUGUUCUUUUCUCAAAUUUUCUCAGAGUUUUGGAAUAUGAAGACUAGUUGAGAUAAUUCUACUCACCAUCAGGUACCAUUCAAAUAAUGAAUUGUUUCCCGUUUUGCCUUAUCCUUGGGAAGUUAUGCAAAUUUUGUAUUUUAGUUUUUGCUUUUGUUUUCAAAGAUAUCUCGGAUGUGUUUUGCUAUGCUGGAAAGGUGUAUGUGUGGACACAUUUAUGUCACAAUGGACAGUUGACUGGCAAAGUUAGCCAUACACCGACAACUCGAUCGAGUUGGGGAGGCUUUGUUGCUGUUAGUUUUUGCGAAUGGAUGUUGUAAAGUUCUUGUUUGUUUUAAGCCUUGAUUUGGGGCUUUGUUGAUUUCCUGUUGAAUAAAAUGAUUGGCCCGGUAUUUCUCAUGCCAAAUAUUAUGCUGAAUGCAGAGUUAAUGUGGUGUGGUUAA